CUCCAGUCCCUCCGAUUUCCUCCUACACGUGGACACACCAACUGCUCAAGGACAGGAAGUGGCCAAACAUCUUAAAGGACGCUUUUCAUUUUCCCAAAAUUGUAAGAAACAGAGAUGGUCGGGAGAUAUAGGAUUUAUGUGCCCCAGACACUGAUGCUGGGUGAAUGACUGUGCUAGAGAGAGGCAAGACAAAUGCAUGCAAGGAACAGUGGACAAGUUGGCAAACGAGUGACUGUGAAGCAAGAAGAAGUCCCUUAACUGAUUGAGACGCUGGGCACUGAAUAGUUCGAAGGGGGCACCAUGAACUCCAGCCUGGCUCUAGGACUCAUGGGUGGGGAUCCUGACCACAAUGCCUCCAACGUGGAGCCACUGAUCUGUCUGAUCCGGGAGUCCGGCCUCCGCUGCCGCCCAGCUCGAAUGUCUGCACGCAUCGCCAACAUCGUCUUAAUCAUCAUGAUUGUUACCACGGUGUUGAACGUCCUGGGAAACAUGACCAUCAUCAUGGCUAUCUCCUACUUUAAGCAGCUGCAGGUGCUGCCCAACACCUUCACCUUUUCCCUGGCGGUGGCCGACAUCAUGGUGGGCGUAGUGGUGAUGCCCUUCUACACGACACAGUGCGUCUACGACUGCUGGUUCUUCGGCCAAAAAUUCUGCAAGGUCCACCACUUCCUUGAUGCCUUUAUGUGCACCGCCUCCACCUGGCACCUCUGCUGCAUCGCCUACGAGCGAUACCUGGCCAUUUGCGACCCGAUGCACUAUAGGCAGCGCUUUACCUGGAAGACAGCAGCCUUGCUUCUUGCCACCGCAUGGCUCGGGACAGUGUUAUACGUGGUGCCCGUGAUGCUGGGAUGGAUUGUCAUUGGCAUCGAGGACAUGAUGGCAAGCCGCACCUGUACGGACAACUGCAUCUUCUACAUGAACAAGCCAUUCUCGAGCUGUGGUGCCGUCAUCACCUUCAUGGUGCCGACAACGGUAAUGACCCUUGCCUACGCGAAGAUUUACCGUGUGGCACGCAAGCAGGCCCGCUCCAUCAGCAUCCAGCAGCAAGGGAGUCAGGGCAAGUCGGGCUUCAACAAGCAGCAGUGGGCGGCCAUGAAACGAGAGCACAACGCCACCAAGACUGUGUCCAUCAUUCUGGGCGUCUUCAUUUUCUGCUAUGCGCCAUUUUUUUACACCAUCGUCAAAGAUGCCUGGAUCGAUUUUAGAACAAAUUCCUUCACCUGGGACAUGGUAAACUUUUUCGGGCAUGUUAACUCAGCCAUCAACCCUUACCUAUACGGGGGCUUCAACCGCGCGUUUCGUAACGCCAUCCGCAUCAUGUUUAGCCGCAAGUUUUGGCAGCCUGGGAGCCGCUCAGCCGAGCUGUGAGUGUCCAAUGAGGUCCUAAAUUUGAUUUCUAGGAUUUAAUUUAACAUUAAAUCGAGUUUAUGUGUGUAAUGUGUUUGAUGGUUUCUCAGUCCCAUCACUAGUUAUUGAACAGGUUUGCGGGGUGGGGGGGAGAACACGUGUGUGUCUUGGAAAACUUGAUGCAGACAUCCUCACGCCUACUACGGUUAUUUGGGCAUGUGCUCCCUAAACCUUGGUUCACACUACCUGCCAGAUUUGUUGCGCGUGGAUAUAUUAUGGAUGGACGAGGCCAAAGGGGUCUCUCGUGAUUUUGGUUGCUUUACUGCCAUACUACUGUAGCGGACACUCUCCUCACAAACCCGCCGAGACAGGUCAGAGUUCCAGUCCGUUUAUUCCACCUCUGAAACACACAGCUCCCUCCUUCAUCCAGUUUUCUCCUUACGUCCCUCCUCCGACGUGCUUUCUUAUCCUCCCAGGUCCCUCUCCCCCCACCCUCAUCCCUGUCACCUCAUUUCCAGCUGCCAAUCACAUAUCGUCACAUAUUGGACCAUGUCUCCUCAUCUCCUGCCACCAAUCACAGAUCGUCAUACUGCGGGGUUACUCCUGGUCAGGCAAGUGCAGGGAUUGAUGUCAGCGUGUAGGGCAUAGGGAAUGAUGAUGUUGUGGGGACAGUUAUGGAGGACUGUUGCAAAACGUAAACCAUUCCUUUUAAGGGAAUUUGCCAAACUUUUCAAAGCAAGAUAUGCUGGAAGUCUUGACACAGUGAGUCUUUCAUGGAUGAUUGAUGACCUAAUGGUUAAAAUGUGUGAGUGGUCUAUGUUGUUGCAGUUGGAUUACUAUCAAAGUAAAAUGGACUGAGGAAAGUAUUUUAAUUUCAUGUGGUCAAGGGUUGUCGGCCAUUUAAAGUUUUAAAGUCAAACAUUUAACAUGGAGACAAUAAUUAGCACACACUAUAGUGAAUAGGCCUCAUUCUGGCUUUAAAUUUUAACAAACACAAUUGAAGACAUCAUCACGUCAAAGCGUGUGAUAAUACAGCUGAUACCAAAGAAUUGAGUGCUCGCUAUAAUUAUUGUGAUCUGUGCUUUUCGGCUGUCGUGUAAAAUAAGGAAUAGUACGUGUUCAGUUUUCCAACUCCUGGACAAAAAGUCUGCCCACACUGUGCAGGUCGAAACGGUUAUUUUGCCAGACUUUAUGUUGGUCAGCCUGGUGAGUGAAGCAGGGAGCAUAGAUGUAGAAGCAUAGUAGUACAAUACAAAUAAAAGAUUGGACUUUUCUGCACUGCCCUCUACCGACCACAGCAUAGUCUGCUGUAGCAGCCUUUGACCACCGGCAUGCACAGUGAUCGCCCUUUCAGGUGAAAUUCAGUCUUAAAAUCUGCUUAGCUUCUGCGAUCAUCUGACGAGAUCGGGUGCAUAUCGGGUAAUUUUAUGUCAAUUAGUCGCAAGCCCCGAGAGGAGGCGUAGCAGUUCUCAAUACUAGACAUCGCCUGUUGAUGCCAUUCUCAUGCGCCCGAUACGCCAAGUGUAGGCUGAGAUUACGAUGUCUGAAAUCGGCCCCAACCGUGUGCAUCCAGGUCUACCUCGGCCUGCCCCUGUGUAGAGUCCAAUCUUGAGCAAGGCCAUCGAUAAUUGCACAGUUCUCCCAACGUGUCAGCAGGGGCAAUGUGUCUGCAAGAGUUGCCGCCUCCUCGUUCGAAGUCAGACACCGGCUGACAUUCUGCUCGAUGAAGGACUUCAGCAUUUGUGAUAUGCUCACUGAAGUGAAAUUCAAGUAUCCAU